AUGCUCCCUCCCAUCGUAUCAGAGCGCGGUCCAAUGAAUUAUGUCUGCUUUUUGAAGGAUGUCGUCGCGACUAAAAUCCUUAAACCCUUGGGUUGGGACAAGAGAGACUGCACGAACUCUGCCCGGCGUUAUGCAAAUCAUAAGGCACCGCGACGUGCUUACACCCCUUCCAUCCCAUCCUAUUCGCCAGGGACAAGCUGCAUGCGCGGACCGUUUUCCGCCUUACAUGGGCCGGGAAUGCAGCAAGCAACUGUAACGGUGGAGAGGGGGAGAACACAGGUGCGAAGCCGCGAGACACACAAGUUCACACGCUGGGUACCUUCCUGGCUCGAAAGCUCGACAGGGCUAGGGCCAGCCCAAACUAUGCCGGAGAGGCAUCAUAUGCGAUCAACCACCUCAGCCGGGUACAUCGACCGAGCUCGUUCGCUGCACUGUGAGCUUCCAGAAUGA